AUGAACAGCCUGGAUCAAAUGAAGAUGAUUGAUCAAGUCUUGGAGAUGGAAAAGGAGCUUGCAAACAUCAAAUUCCCGGCGUACGGCAGUCUUUCUCCCCAAGUUCUAUUGCAGGUGGAUUUCCGCACACACCCAUUGCAUUUAUCACUUGAUCCCGACGGGCAUUGUGCUAUUGGACCAUGCUUCGACUCAGACUGGUGGUAUACUCGGAACGGAGAUGGCACUCAGGCCAAAAUUGUAGACACUGGGCCUUGGUUGACUCUUGCGGAGUAUGGGCAUGCGAUCACGCAACGUGAGCUUGCGCUUAUCGAAAAUGAAAGCACGGCCCCCGAAAUUCAACGACGACUGGAGAGUUUCGACAAGUCCCAGUCUCUUGCCGAAUAUGAGGACCUGCUGAGGAAAGCGCAAGGCGUGAUGAGGACUCUCUCACGCGAUCAACGUGUGCUUGACAUAUCAGAGCCAAUCUUACGAAACGACAUGUUAGACCUGGACGAUAUCUAUGUUUCGCUCGAAGAUCCGACCAAGAUUGAAGGGUUUAUCGGCUGGCGGACAAGCAAAGUACUACCGCUCUUUAUGCAGGCUAACCUACUAAAUUUCGUCCGACCUCCUGGUUUCUACACGUACGGUGCGCACACUUACUCUCGCCCGUAUGAUUUUGAUACUUUGAGUCCCGAAACCCAGCAGUCUGUUAUCAAAGAACUAGACACGGCAUCGAGAACCAAGUAUUACGAGAUGAAGCGGUGCCAGGAAAUCAAGAAAAUGAACAAACCAUACGAAGUGGACGGCAAGCUGUGGCGCCUCUUCGAGGUUUGCACGAUACAAGGCUCUGGGAGUAUAACCCCACUCCGCAACCGACUCCACCAAUUAUUUGAGAACUGGUCUGCACUUGGGCUUCCUGGGGCUUGUCCUUUUCCGGUCACAGAGGCUGAAGUUCAGCGGCAGCGACAGCAGGAAGACAAGUUGAUCGCCUCGCUUGAUGUAGAGGACAUUGUGCGGGACAAGCUUCCGACAAAUUCUGUUGGGUGGAUUGCGAGUGAUCAAUGGGAAGACAUGGCCAAAGUGAAUCAAGAGUUGCACGAGGAUUUUGUUCAGACGGUGAGCAAGGAUAUGGAUGCUGAGUCUGCAACGCAGGUGUGGCCGUUUCCGCCGAACUCGAAGUAG